GAUUUCACCGUGCCUCAUAUUUGGAACUGCCAUGGAAGAUCAUGUGGCUUCGGGCUCCUGAUCAUCAAAAGUUUGGAUCGGAUCAUGGAGUGAUUAAAGAAACAGGCCCCUCCAUCGUUGCUUAGCGUUACGUCCCCGGGAGGUAAGAUCUGUCUUAGACAACAUGUUGGCCCGGAAAGGUCUUCUCCCAGAUGGCUUUCUGUUAACCCGACUUGCAGAGGAUUCUGCACAGCCCAGCCGGAUCCGGCCUAAGUCCCAGCGAGCUCGCUUUAUUACCAAGAGUGGCUCAUGUAAUGUUGCCCAUAAGAACAUCCGGGAACAGGGCCGAUUUCUCCAGGAUGUCUUCACCACUAUGGUUGAUCUCAAAUGGCAGCAUUCCCUUCUCAUCUUCACUUCUGCCUUCCUCUGUUCAUGGAUGCUCUUUGCUAUGGUGUGGUGGCUCCUGGCAUUUGCCCAUGGCGACCUGGAACCCCGUGACCCCAGUGAGCCAGGACCUAUACCAUGUGUUACCGCCAUUCAUUCCUUUACCUCUGCCUUUCUCUUCUCCAUUGAGGUGCAGGUGACCAUUGGUUUUGGGGGAAGGAUGGUGACAGAGGAGUGUCCAUUGGCUAUCACUGUACUAAUCAUCCAGAACAUUCUGGGUCUGAUUAUCAAUGCCGUGAUGUUGGGCUGUGUUUUCAUGAAGACAGCCCAAGCAAACCGCAGAGCGGAAACUUUAAUCUUCUCCCGCAACGCUGUCAUUGCCCCACGUAAUGGCAGGCCCACCUUCAUGUUCCGCGUGGGAGAUCUGAGGAAGAGCAUGAUCAUAUCUGCCACCAUACAACUGCAGGUUAUCCGCAGAACUGUCACAGCAGAAGGGGAAGUGAUCCCUGUUUGUCAGCUUGACAUCCAAGUGGAGAACCCCCUCAGGAGCAAUGGUAUCUUCCUGGUGUCUCCCCUCAUUAUCAGCCACACCAUUGAGAGAGGGAGCCCCCUUUAUGAAGUCUCUGCUCAGUCGCUGGCCACUGAAGACCUGGAGAUUAUUGUCAUUCUAGAAGGUGUUGUAGAGACCACUGGCAUCACCAUGCAGGCACGUACGUCAUACACACCGGAGGAGAUCCUGUGGGGGAGGCGCUUUGUUUCUAUAAUGACAGAGGAGGAUGGCCGCUACUCAGUGGACUACUCUAAAUUUGGUAACACUGUCCCUGUGCGAAUGCCUUCUCUCAGCGCUAAGGAGCUCGACCAGACCCGAGGUGUCCAGGACGGAGGACCGCAUGAGGGCAAACCUCAGGGCUGGGGUCUGGUCCGAGCCGGUCGCGGAGGUUACAGGAGAGGAGGCAGAGCAAGUGAAGAUACUGCAGCCAGGCCCUGGUAUGCCACACCACCAGAGAAAGAGAAAGCAGAAGAUGAAAAAGAGAAGAAGGGACAGAAGAAAAUGGUGAAGCUGGAGGAGAUAGGGCGAGAGAUUGAGGAGGAGACCCAAGAGGAUAUGAGUGACUAAAACAUGGUAAUUUCGGAGUUAAGGAUCCAAAAUUGUUCCAUAGACCCAUCUUUUUGGCACUUUAAGUAGACCAGAGGUGAUUGUAGUAGUUAAACAGUAUGACCAAAUCAACAGUAAACAGGAGGCUAGUUCUGCUCCAAGGACCAAGUGGAACGGUCAUGGAAUAUGACUGCAGUUGACUUUCUAAUACAACUGUAUCUACAAAUCAAAUAAUUGAGAACCUGUCCCUGAAAUGUGCAACAAAAUAAUCACAGGUUUUUGAAUAUCGCAGAGCUGCCCAUUAAUAUUU